AUGAAAUCGGCUUCGGAAUCGAAAUAUCAAUUAGCAGUAGCUAGAAUUAAAACUCAAUUGAAUAGCCAUUUGAGUGCCACAGUCGAUCUUGAUGCAGGUGAAGAGCCAAGUAACACAUUUACAGACCGACACCUAUGUGAAAGUCGGGAUAGAUUUUUGCUUAAUAGCAUCCUAAUAUUUGUUCUUCGAAAGGGGUAUACAGCAAUUUUAAAAGAAGUUAUUCAGCUUUACGGUCAAUUAUGUCUUAAACCACCACCUUUUUGUGUAUGGUGUUGUGCAACGGUGUUAUUUUCCAAAACUUUAAAUGAAAAUUUGAUUGAGACUGAUUCUAACAAUUGCAAUUUAUCUACUAAUUAUCAAGAUCAAUUAGAGACUUUAAUUACAGUGGGAAAUAAUUUAUUUUCUAAACUAAAUGAUUCAUCGCCGUAUAAACCAUACCUUAACACUUAUUUAAAGGAGGCUAGACGUGUUAUUAUGCAUCUAUACUUGGAAUCAUCUGCACCAACAAGUAAUUAUACUCUGUGUUUUUCCAAAUUGAAUCAACAUUAUUCUCAAUCAGAUCUAACUGAUGAAGUACACAAUUUCCGAUUACGAUUUUUAACACUAUUCGUAUCUGAGAACAAAGUGAAUUGUUAUUUGAAUGAAAGAUGGUUUCCGGCUAGAUUUAACGUUUUUAAAAAACUACAACAAUUAGCAUUUGAUAUUGUUAAACAUUUACCUGAAGUAUUAUUGGAUAAAGUUGGAUCAAGUGAAUGGGUAUAUAAUGAUGCAAUACUAUUAGAAUUAAAUACACUUUUAGCUUUAAUUAUACGUCAACAAUUCAUUCGUAAAUCUACAUGUACAGAAGAAGAUUUAUUUGAAUUGAUUCAUACUUAUCAUUCUCAAUCAUGUCCAUCUCAGUUACUUUAAAAUUGAAGAUUCAUUGGCUAUUUUCUCAAUACAGUUAAACUUCAAGAAUUUCAGAAGAAAAUACACGUUUUCGUUCUUCAAUGGUUUACAAGUAUCGUUUCUUCAUCAGAACCUUUUGUUACACUUCGACUAUCUUCUGUAUCCCGUCUCUUCAAAAUUCAUUAGUUUGCACUGUUUACGAGUUAUUUGUGAGAUUGAUGUGUGGUAGUGAAAGUGUGGUUGGUCACUGAGUUUGGACAAAGAGACACACAACUUACUGACUAUUAAAUGUGUGAUUCCCUUUCCUUUUAUUGAUUUGUACUCCAGACCCACUGAGAGUGACUGCUUGUAAUUGUAAGGCACAAAGUAUUGUAUAAUUUGUACUCCAGUUUUCUAUUUG